CAAGAGCAGCCUGCCGGCCGUGAGGAUGUCGAUCUUAAUCUAGCAGUAAUGCUAACAAUCCAUGCGAUCUAUCCAUGGGGGCUUAAAUUGUGGGUGUUCCAGGUUGGAAAUAGCAUGGUGUCGAAGUGAUUGCGAGAUGAACUAUGGCUUACCAAAGCUGCCAGAACAGUGUUUCAGACUGGAAAUAGCAUAGGCCGAUCUGAUUGAGCCAAACUUCUUGGUACCCUAGCUGCUGAGACAAUGUUUGCUUCUACCUGUUAUUUCAUGGCCUGCCUUUGGAGUCAGAUCCUCCUUCCCCUAUACAAACGUUUUCUCGUGGUAUGAGAGAGUCUUUGCAAGUACUUGAUUAUAAAAGCGGACUGGUGGAGAAUAAAAUGGCAAAGGAGACUUUAGGAGGCUUUGAGAAGAUGCCGGAGCUUGUGAACUGUAAAAGUUUUUGCAAAUUUAGGAGAGUGAUACACCGUAGCAUCCUCAUGAAGUGACAAAGCCAGUGACUAAAUUUCCCAUCUCUCAAGAAAGCUGUAUCAAAUGGCUAGAUGGAUGGAAGUUUCUUGAGUUGGCAAGUUGGAGCCUUCUAAUAUGAAAACUGAAACGGCUGUCCUACAUCCUUCUCUAUUUCAACGUCAGAACAAACACCAAAUCCCAUCUGAAAUACCGAAGCUAAAGCAACAUCAACUCCAAAGAACUUUGAGAGACAGCUCCAACCUUAUUUCGGCCCUUUCAUAUGUCUUCCAUUGUCAGUUUCCACCACCCAUCAAAGACAUCGCCUUCAAUCCUCUCCUGAGACACCAGGGCCUGCUCUUUAAAUCCAACAACCCAAAGACUCCUGAGAGAGGCUAGGGAGCUCAACCGGCACCCAGAGCAAGUCUCUGAAAGACAUGGGAGAUAGGUACCAAAAGAACACCUUCGAGAUGGGAUACCGCCGGACGGGCACCAACAGAAGCUUAGAGAGCCUUCUUGGCCGGGACAAGCCUGCCGUGAGCCGUGCGCCGGCACCAGCCGAGAAGCUGUACCCAGGCCAGGGCCUAGAAUUCCAGAACCUCUCCUACAGCGUAAUAAAGAACCAGAAGAAAGAAGGUGUCAGGAUCAAAAAGGAGGCCUAUCUCCUCGACGACAUAUCCGGCCAGGCCCUCCGAUGCCAAGUUACUGCCGUACUUGGCCCAAGUGGUGCCGGAAAGUCGACGCUCCUUGACGCGCUGGCCGGCAGGAUUGCUCAGGGGAGCCUCCAAGGAUCUGUCAGAAUAGAUGGAAGGCCGGUGACCACCAGCUACAUGAAGAAGGUGUCAUCAUACGUCAUGCAAGACGACCAGCUCUUCCCCGCGCUGACAGUAUUUGAAACCUUCAUGUUUGCUGCUGAAGUUAGGCUCUCCCCUUCCAUUUCUAAGUCGGAGAAGAAGCGGCGAGUGUGGGAGCUCAUCGACCAGCUUGGUCUGCAGACAGCUGCUCACACAUCCAUAGGCGAUGAAGGCAGGCGUGGUGUGUCGGGGGGCGAGCGUCGCAGGGUGUCGAUUGGGAUGGACAUCAUACACAAGCCAUCCCUGUUGUUUCUUGAUGAGCCCACAUCAGGUCUCGACUCCACUAGUGCUUACAGUGUAGUGGAGAAGGUAAAGGACAUUGCCAAGGAAGGAAGCAUUGUACUCAUGACCAUUCACCAGCCAUCUUUUAGGAUACAGAUGCUUCUGGACCGGGUGAUCAUCCUUGCAAGGGGGAGGUUGAUAUACUUGGGGAGCCCGGCAGCCCUCGCAGACCACCUCUCAAGAUUUGGCCGGCCGGUCCCCGACGGCGAGAACAACAUCGAGUACCUUCUGGAUGUCAUCAAGGAGUACGACGAGUCGACCCUCGGCCUCGGCCCUCUAGUUCAAUACCAGCGCGACGGCCUCAAGCCCAGCGAGGCUGCAAGAACCCCGAUCCCCAGGACCCCAUACCUCAAGUCCACCCACGCUGCCCGGCAAAUUCCGCUCAACAGCCGGCAAUUCUCCGCCGGCAACCUUACGCCGGGGCCCAACUCCAGCCAGUACUCCGAUUACUACGGCGACGGCGAUGAUGACGAAGACUUCGACAACUCCCUCGAGAGGAGGAGGAGGAGGAGCAGGACCAGGACCGGGACCGGGACCCCCCUACACAGUGGAAUCUACCAGCCAAGACUAGCCUCCCAGUUCUACAAAGACUUCUCGGUGUGGAUCUACCAUGGCGUCACCGGCACUACUCCUCGCCGGCAGCCCACCUGGACGCCAGCUCGAACACCUGGCCGCACCCCGGCCAUGACCCCCAUGUCAUCCUACUAUUCCAGCCAAUCCGCCGCCCAGCACCUCCCUACCCCAGUAGUGUUCAUCAAGCCACCGGCAGCAGCCUACGCCCUCGAGACCGAGCCCCUCGACGACCCCGACGACGGCCCCAAGUUCGCCAACCCGUGGCUCCGCGAGGUGAUGGUCCUCUCAUGGCGCACUGCACUGAACGUCUUCCGCACUCCCGAGCUCUUCCUUUCGCGCGAAGUGGUUCUAACCGUCAUGGCCGUGAUCCUCUCGACUCUCUUCCACCGCCUCAGCGACGACAGCUUCACGACCAUCAACCGCCUCCUCAACUUCUACAUCUUCGCGGUGUGCCUCGUCUUCUUCUCCUCCAAUGACGCCGUCCCGACGUUCAUCCUGGAGCGUUUCAUCUUCAUCCGGGAGACCUCGCACAAUGCCUACCGAGCGUCUUCGUACGUCAUCUCCGCCCUCCUCGUCUACCUUCCCUUCUUCGCCAUCCAAGGCUUCACCUUUGCAGCCAUAACCAAGAUCUUGCUGAAGCUCAAAAGCAGCCUGAUCCACUUCUGGGUCAUCCUGUUCGCCUCGCUGAUCACCACCAACGCAUACGUGAUGCUGGUGAGCGCUCUCGUGCCGAGCUACAUCACGGGCUACGCCGUGGUGAUCGCGACGACCGCGCUCUUCUUCCUGACGUGCGGCUUCUUCAUGAAGCGGCUGCAGAUUCCCAUCUACUGGCGGUGGCUCCAUUACAUAUCGGCAAUCAAGUACCCGUUCGAGGCGCUGCUCGUCAAUGAGUUCAAAGGGGAUAGGUGCUACUUUGGGACGCCCAACCAGCUCACGCCGGGGCCAUUGGGCGACGUCAGGAUCAGCAAUCUUCACUUCGAGCGGAAUCUGACAUGCCCGUUGAUCGGGGAGGACGUCCUCGCCACCAUGGACAUACGCCUCGAGAGCGUCUGGGCGGACGUCAUGAUACUGCUUGCAUGGGGCGUGCUCUAUAGGCUCCUCUUCUACCUCGUCCUCAGGUUCUAUUCCAAGAAUGAGAGGAAGUGAGACCAACCUCUCUGCCUCUCCGGAACACUUCAAAAAAAAAAUUAAGCAUUACCGGCGCUUUUUAAAGUAUAUACCCACGCUGAACGUACCGAUGCUUAUUAGCGUCGAAGAUUUUGUUUUUCUCAAAAAAAUGGGAAGAACUUUUAGUAGUUUUUCUAUCAGAUGCUUUCUUUAUGAAUG